UGUUGAGUUUGAGGUGAGUGCUAGCGCAAUGAACAACACAUUCGGUUGUGUUUAGUGCUUGUUUCAGGAAGAAGACCAUUUUUUUAGAGUAAAAAACAAAAACACACAUUUUUCGUUUCAUUCAAUUUCACACACAAGUUUAAAAUUCCAUUUUGCUCGAGAAUUAAUAUUCACACAUAAAACAAAGUUUUAGUCCGACUGCCGAAAAUUAUAAUAAUUUUGUUGUUGAUAUAUUUUAAAUACAUACAAAACAGUAUAUAUAUAUUUUAAAUAUUAUUUGUCACGGUGUGCCUUGUUGUUGAUUUUUUUUUCUUCAUACGGAUAUUGUUGUUGUCGUCGUCAUCGUCCGCAACUUUUUCGUUUUCGGGGCCUGUUGCUCAUAUUCAAAAAGAAAUUCUCACCAUAAAACUGACGAUAUUCCAUUGGUCUGGCCGAGGUCUUGUGCAUAUUUCAUCCAAAACUGUUGCAUAUAUAAUAUUUAAAAAAAAAAGAGAUUAACGAAUUACAAAUGUGAGUGAAUUUAUUUCAUUUUUUUGUUCGCGGGAUUUCAAUGAUUUUGUUUUAAGACGGUCAUCGAAAAUGACCGAAAUCAAGGAAGAAUUUUUUACAAUACAAUAUACUUCGAUUCGUCAUUGGCAAUGAUAUACACGUGAAUGGAUUACUUCGAAUGUGCUGUAAACAAAAAAAUAAUAAGUGUUCUUUUAUGACAAUAAACAAUAACACAAAACCACGCGACAUUAAAAGAAACAAAUAGCGACUUUAUCGUAAUCACAUUAGAUCGAACAGUUUUUGUUUUAUUAAACACAUAUCGAUUCAUUGAAAAGUUUUAUUUUCUUCGUUUGGUGUAUCUCUAGUGUAGUUUUUAGUGUGAUAAACGAAGGACUAAAACAGAAAAAAAAACACAACAUUGUUGAUGUUGCAACUGAUCAAAUAAAAGGUGAAUUAAACAGUAACAGCAGCAACGGCAACAGUGUGAAAUAUUUUGUACUGUAUAUGGAUGAUUGUUGUUGCCUUCAGAAACGACGCGCAUCACGAAAUCUUGAAUGUAUUUACUAUACUGAAAGCCGCUUGUAACGAGUAAAUGACGACUGAUUCGAUUGAUUUACACCUUUUGGCUGAAGAAAACCGAUAAGAAGACAACAAAGAAAAAGAAAGUAAACCGAAUCACAGUGUAAAAAGGAGUGGUUAGAUCAAGUUUUGAGUUUAUUUUUCAUUCUGAUUGAGUAAUAAACACACAGACAACAUAGUCAUAUCGCUACUUAUCAAUGCCCAGAAUCGAUGUGAACAAUGGUAGUUGUCGGAAUGACAAAAUUGCAACGAAAUCAAGUUUCAUUAAAAGUUUGAAUGGAAUUUUGGAAAAUUCAUAUCAAAAUUUUAGCGACAUUGAAUCAUCAACGCAAAGUGGUAAAUUUCAUUCGCCGAAAGUAUUUGCUGCCGAUUCAAUAACGGUAAAUGCACCCGCAAAAGAUGUGCUUGGGCCAAAAUUCGAUAUAUUCGCGCGAAAUUUGAAAUCACAAACGAUGCCGGCCGAAAGUACAGUAUUGACAAAGAUCAAUGGCACUGCCAAUGGUACGGUAAACGGUCAUUUAAUGAAUAGUAUAACAAAUGGAACGACAAAUGGCCAACCAAAGCUACAACCAUUAUCCGCAUGUUAUGAUCGUUAUCCAAAACCCGGUUCAUAUGGUAGCCUUCAAGUAUUUCCAAUGAACGGAAUCAAUUCGGAGAUAAACAAUGCCAAAGAGAAUAUUUGUGACGAUUUUCGACAACCGCAACUGCAACCGCAACCGCCAUCACAUCGACACAAAGACGAGCGAAAAACUGAUCAAGAUGAUAUUGCAAAAUUGGAACAAGAUCGACUUGAAGAGAUAUUAAAAAUGUGCGCCGAUUUUGAGCGACAAAAUCAAAAUGUUCAAUCAUCACCAAUUGUACAAAAUCGCAUCAAAACGAACGGUUCAUUGCCGCGUGAAAAGAAAUCACCGCUUAGUCCAGAGCAUAUUGGUGGCACCGCAAAUAUUUUCUUUCCAUCAAGCCCGGGCGAAUUUCGGCAAAAUAAUUCAAAUCAACCAUCUUCACCUCAUACACCACAUAAAAUAAAUACCGGCUAUGAAAAUGUGAAACUAUUUGCGGGCCGAAAAACUGAUUUAUCAUCAUCACCAUCGUCAUCAUCUAGUCGAUUCAACGAGAGUACACCACAAAAACCACCAAUCGAUUCAUUACAUUUGACGAAUGGCAAUUCAAUGAAUGGAUAUGAAAAUAUGAUGUCUCCGUUUAAAUCGCCCAUUGGUUAUGUGCCACAAAGUCCACGUACACGAAUUAAAACAUGCAUUUCACCCAAAAAGGAGAUGACAUCUACGCCAAUUCAACGCAAGACUGAUUAUGAUCUACUGGUUCAAUCGUUUGAAGAAAAACUUCGCAUGGAAGUUCAACAAUUACGCGACAGCAACAAUCGUAGCAUUGACAAUCGAAUUAGUCAGAAUACAUGCCAAAUAAACCAAAAAUCCGAAACAAAUCCAUCUGAACCACCACAACCACCACCAAAAUCAAUACCACAACAACAACAGCAUACCCCAACAAAAAUAUCACAGCUACCAAACUCACAUCAAUAUGUGAAUGUAAACCGUUUAACAAAUUUACAAGAGGGUAUCUAUGGAUCACUUACCAAUAAACAUAACCACAAAAGCAACAACCAUUCAACUGUAAGCAUUAACAAGAAUUUAGAUGAAAAACAAAUUGCUCAAUUAAAAAAACAACAAGCCGAAAUGGUGAGAAAAGCAAGAGAACUGAAACAACAAAUUGCCGAAUUGCAGCGACAAGAGGAAGAGGUAUUGACAGAGCUGGAUUUGGAAAAGGCACUUGUAUCGGCCGAAUUACGAACUGAACAAUCACAACUUGAUGAAAUGGAUAAAAAUAUGGCCGCACUACAAACCACCAUCCAUCGUUCCGAAGCGCAAAGGAAUGCAAAACGGGUUUUACAGGAGACACAACAAAAUAAAUUGAAACAAUCAAUCGAUAUGAAACAAAAUCAAAUCGAAGGAUUGAAAAAGUUAAUCGACGAAAAUGAAAGCGAAACCGAACUGAAGGAUGAACUGAAUGACACCAUUGAACUAUUAGAAAAUGAUACAAAAACGUUUGAAGAUUUGGAAUUUCAGUAUUUGGAAGAAGAAACCGAUUGGAUGGCAAAACGUGAAGAAAUGCAUAUCAAUCAAAAGACCUUAUCGCGUCAAAUAAAUGAAAAGCGAAAGCACAUACAAGCAUUAGAGGCGCAAAGUGUCGAGAAUCAGAAUGCAGCAUGUGCAGACACAAAAAAUAUACAAAAAGAUAUUCAAUCAAUGAUAAAAGAGCUUAAUAACCAUUGCGAAGGAUUGAAGACCAUUGAAGUUCUGCUGUUUGAAUUGUCGGGCGAAAAAAAUACACAAUCCGAUUCAGAUGAUGAUCUUUCGAUUGCAAUUUUGCCCAUCAAACGUCCGCACAUGAAUGACAUUAUGUCACAAUCAUUGUUUGGUUCACAAGAGAUUUUUGGCACAAAAAAACCAACGUCAAAUGAUUUAAUGUCGAAAAGUGUGAAUGAAAAUUUAAUCGCAAACAAAAUUGAAAUGCUAUCAUUUAAUGAUGAAUCAAUGACCAAAGCCAAUAAUGAAACUGACUAUGAAAAUUUAUGCGAUGUGGACAAUAAUGAGAAAAGAGACAGUAUGACAUCGUAUACAUCAAAUAAAUCAUCGAAUGAGAUGGCAAUUCAACAACAAAAUGGUAACGGAAAUGAAUGUAUGUCACAGAUUGAAUGUGAAAAGUCACACGCGUCGAUGGUCGAUGAAAAUUCAACGAUGACCAAUGGUGAUGAUGACGAAUGUUCAGAUCCAUUACAAAAUCUAAAAUACAAUCUAUCACCACCAUUUGAGCAUAAAGCAUCGAAAAAAUUGAACGAUUCAAACGGUUCAAAGUCGGCAAAUUUAAAUUUAUCCAUUGAAAGUGAUGACUUCGAGGUGAAUCCACUGGAGAAACGAGUUCCAUCACAAGAUGAUAUCGAUCGAAUCUGUAAGGUUACCACCAACGCACCGAUCUCAACGCAAGGCGCCAGUUUUAAAGUGAUCGAAAGUAUCAAAGAAAUCGAACGAAAUCGUCAACUAUUACUCACUCAACAAGGUUCUCAUGUAAUCGAGCACGAACGACAGAAAAUGAGCGAAUUGAAGAAAAAAAGCCAUGACGAGGCUCGUGCACAAUACCUUCAAUCGCAAAACCAUAACGAUGAUAGUUAUCGCUAUAAAAAUGGUUCGUUGGAAAAUGUAAACAACAUAAAAUAUGAGCCAUACCAUAGACCCGAAAUGAAUGGAAAACCACCAAAUAACACAGUUGCUCAGCUCAGAGAAAACAUUUACCAUAGUCCGCGACAUUCACAUCCAGAAUUUGAAUACGAACGACCGUUGUCCGAAGUAAAUUCAGAAAUUAGCUAUGAUGCAUUGUCCGAUAAGCAAUUUAAAUCAUCGAAUGACAUUCGUAUGUCAAAUCGCAUGCAAGUUGAUUGUGAUGGGAGUGGCGGUAGUCAACGGGGUAGCAUGAUGUCAAGUGAAAACAGCGAAUCGGGACGAAUGGUGUCGGGCACAAGACGCAAUUUACCAAAACAUCAACGACCAUUAACACGUUAUUUACCCAUUAUGUCGGCCGAUUUGGAUCUAAGACUGCAUAUCGAGAGCGCUGGCCAUCAAGUUACACUCUGCCCACACGUUAUUAUUGAUUCAUAUUCGUGUCGCGGAUAUCUUCAUAAAUUGGGCGCGACAUUCCAUGGCUGGUCAAAGAGGUGGUUUGUUCUCGAUCGACAAAAAAUGGCUCUCAUAUAUUAUUCAGAUAAAUCAGAACGAAAACCAAGAGGUGGAGCCUAUUUUUCGACCAUUGAUGAGGUGUAUUUGGAUCAUUUGAAUACAUCGAAAAGUGGCCGACCACAUUGCACAUUCAUUGUAAAAACAAAACGACGCAGCUACCACUUACAGGCCGCAUCUGAUGCAGCUGCACGAAUCUGGAUUGACGCCAUCAUCACAGGAGCUCAAGGAAAUAUCGAUUAUUAAUUCGCAUAAAUAUAAACAAUUUGACGUUUUGGCAUUGUAACGCCAGUAAUAAUAUAUAUAUUUACAUGUAAAAAAAUGGGCAGAUAUACAAACAAUCGCACCUUUAUUGCUAAAAUUAUAUCCCCAAAUGUUGUACUCCAUUUUCACAAUUUUUAUGAGAGUUCUGAUUAAAUACGAAUAAUUGUAUAGUAGGAGGCCACUUUUGGUUAACCAGAUAGAGAAUUUAAAAAAAAACUGUAUUUUCCCGCAUGUGUUUGUAAAUAUUAGAUUGAAAAUUUAAAUGCCCACUGCGAAAAUUGUAUCCAUCACAUCAAAGAAACGAAGGAAAAUUCAAUCCCUAGUGUUUAGCAUUAAUUUUAAUUAAAUUGUUUAUAUGUUUCUCUCCGGAUCGAAAUUAAAGUAAACAACGUUCCUAAUCCAAAAAAUUCGAUUUCCACACUGUAAUAUUUUUUUUUACAUAAGAAAUCCAAACAAAUAUUGUGCCUACAUUUUUCAAUACUUUUUUUUUACUAAAGGACAAAAAUAUUCUAACACAAGUAAUUAAGGAGUUUACAAUCGGAAAUGCCUUUCAAUAAAAUGUUCUAAUAUACGCUCCAUGCAUAUUCAUGGCGGUGAAAUCAAUUCGAAUAAAAGAAAACUUGCAUCAAGUACUUUUAUCGCAUGCAAUAAAUCGAAAUAUGCAAUUUGGAACAUGCAUCGAUUAAAAUCAAUGACUAUAGGAAGAAAUCGAACAUUUUUAAUGAGUUUUUAAUAAAUAGUUAAAUUCAUCAGUUUGUCUACCUUAAUUGGCACAAAAUUGAAUGCACCAAUGCUUAUGAUAAUAGUCAAUUGUGUCCUCAUAUUUAUAUGGUAUUAUUGAACGGUGCAUCAAAGAAGUAUAAUCAAAAUAACGGAUGAUGACAUAUAAACUUUUAGUUUUAUUGCAUACAAUUAAACAGAGCACAUUUCAAAUGAAUCAACACCAUAUCGUAUAAGUUUUACUUUAUUUUAUUUUAUUUUAUUUUAUGAAUGUAAUGGCAUUUUUUUUUU